UUGUGGGAAACGGUCCUGUCUCUGAGCUGGCCAGCUUCUAUCCCGCCCAACUCUGGUGGGAAAUGUUAAAUUCCCCUUAAGACUGGGAGAUGGGAGUGGACGGUGGGAAGAGACAGGAAUUCAGGAAGAAGUCUAAGGGGUUGGGGGUCUUGGGGAUGGGCAGGAAGGGCAAGCAUGGUGAAGAAUCAUAAGGAAGUUACCUGGCUCUCUAAAAGACCCCUAAAAGAAAGGGGGAGGAGGAUUCUAAGCGCUAGAGGAAGGCUCCGGGGGUUGAAGAGAGAAGUGCUUUCUCUUGAAUUUCAGGAGGGUCUCAAAAUGGGUCUCCUGAUGGAAACUGUCUAAAGUUUGGGAGUAUGGUCCCUGGGGAGGGAACCACAGCUAGGACCUCAUUUGGGUUCUCCAGACCCUGGGAUUUGGGGGAAGCCUCAAAAGGGAUUAUAUAAAUCCGGAAAAAAAUGAAAGAGAGGGUAAAGAGCUGACUAUUUGGAGCAGGAAAGAGGGGGUUAUGUGGGUCGGGGUAGGCGUGUCUCUGGGAGGGAGCAGGUGCAGCUUAUCUACGUCCCCCAGACCCGGGUCCCUAGUAAGGUCAGCCGCGCGUUAUCUGGGUCUCCAGGGAGCCCAGGGGUCGGGAGUGGGGAACCCUCAGGCUGCGUCUCCAGGACUAGGCAGGGAGGGGGCUGAGAGGACUUCUUCGGAUCCCCCAAACACAGGGCGCUUUGGGAACCAAGCUGAUCACUUCUUGGGCUCCCUGGCAUUUGCAAAACUGCUGAACCGCACCUUGGCUAUACCUCCGUGGAUUGAGUACCAACAUCACAAGCCUCCCUUCACCAAUCUCCAUGUGUCCUACCAGAAGUAUUUCAAGCUAGAGCCCCUUCAGGCCUAUCAUCGGGUCAUAAGCCUGGAGGACUUCAUGGAAAAGCUGGCACCCACCCACUGGCCCUCUGAGAAACGGGUGGCAUAUUGCUUUGAGGUAGCAGCCCAGCGAAGCCAUGAUAAGAAGACAUGCCCCAUGAAGGAAGGAAACCCCUUUGGCCCAUUUUGGGAUCAGUUUCACGUGAGUUUCAAUAAGUCAGAGCUUUUUGCUGGCAUUUCCUUCAGCGCCUCCUACAAAGAACAAUGGAUCCAGAGAUUUUCUCCAAAGGAACAUCCAGUGCUUGCCCUGCCCGGGGCCCCAGCCCAGUUCCCUGUCCUGGAAGAACACAGGUCGCUCCAAAAGUACAUGGUGUGGUCAGACGAGAUGGUGAAAACAGGAGAGGCCCAGAUCCUCACCCAUCUCAUCCGGCCUUAUGUGGGCAUUCAUCUGCGCAUUGGCUCUGACUGGAAGAAAGCCUGUGCCAUGCUGAAGGACGGGACUGCAGGUUCCCACUUCAUGGCCUCCCCGCAGUGUGUGGGCUACAGCCGAAGCACAGCAGCGCCCCUCACCAUGACCAUGUGCCUCCCUGACCUGAAGGAAAUCCAGCGGGCUGUGAAGCUCUGGGUGAAGAAGCUCCAUGCCCAGUCAGUCUACAUCGCCACAGAUUCUGAGAGCUAUGUGCCUGAGAUCCAGCAGCUCUUCAAAGACAAGGUGAAAGUUGUGAGCCUGAAGCCUGAUGUGGCCCAGAUUGACCUGUACAUCCUCGGCCAGGCCGACCACUUUAUUGGCAACUGUGUCUCCUCUUUUACUGCCUUCGUAAAGCGGGAACGAGACCUUCAGGGGAGGCCGUCCUCUUUCUUCGGGAGACACUGUUCUUGGAUCUGAAAGCUUUGAUUUCUGUUCCAGUGCUGCAACAUGCUGGCUGUAUACAGCCUGGGAG